CGCUCUCUCUCUCACACACUGGGAUUCGGUGAGCUCGAUCGAGCCCUAAUCGAUCGAGCUGCAUAACUGCAUUGCGAUCCCACGGAAUUCCCCAAUCGCCCAUUUCCGGAAGCAUCAUUGCGCCAUCGGCCUCGGAGUAUCUUCACCGACAGUCUCCUCUGCCCUCGCUUGCUCGCCAAGCACCAGAUCCAGAGUUAGGUGCAGGCGUCUUGCUCUUUGUUCCCUUUCUGUCUGUCCCUGCGUACGCGCGUAUUCUUCCAUUUCCUUGCUCUGUUUAUGCCUGUGUUUUCUCGAAGCUUAGGUUUAUGUUGGACAAAUCUGAAGCAGCUGGGUCUGUUCCAGGAAAAAGGUUGGGUUUUGACCUGUUGAUAGACUUCUUUACCUCUUUGGGGGAUGCAGUUCAUGGUCUCAGAAGCAUUAAUUCAAAUGGGAAAUUUACUAGAAGAAGAAAGGUAAUUUUUUUCACCUGAUAUUUAGCUGAUUCAGGAACAAUGUCAAGGAUUCCUAAGUGGAAGAUUGAAAAGACAAAAGUGAAAGUUGUCUUCCGCCUACAGUUUGAUGCAACACAAAUUCCACAACAAGGGUGGGAUAAGUUGGUCAUAUCUUUUAUCCCCAUCGACACAGGCAAAGCAACCGCUAAAACAAAUAAAGUUAGUGUCAGAAAUGGGAUCUGCAAGUGGCCAGAUCCAAUCUAUGAAACUACAAGACUUCUCCAGCAUGCAAAGACAAAAACUUAUGAUGAGAAGCUGUACAAGCUUCUGGUCACUAUGGGGUCUUCCAGGUCAAGUUUCCUUGGAGAAGUUAAUAUCAAUCUAGCAGAAUUUGCAGAUGCACUGAAACCUUCAUCUGUUUCAUUGCCUCUUACUAAUUGUGAUUUUGGAACAAUUUUACAUAUCACGGUUCAACUUCUUACGUCCAAAACUGGCUUCAGAGAAUUUGAGCAGCAAAGGGAGCUGAGUGUGAGGGGGAUUCAGAUGGCAUCUGGCAAUAAAAAUUAUCCUGUUGACACUGAAGCUGCAUCGUCAGAGAUAAUUAAUGAAGUAGCAGAAAAGGUUAAUCUGACAGUUAGGAUUAAACAGGAUAGCAUGAGAUUCCCUUCACUUGAGCAAGUGGGAGAAUCAAAUGAAGAGUACGAAGAUUCACCUGGUAAGAUGGACGGUUCAUCUUUCACAUCGGAAAGUUUAAAUGCUGAAAAGAAUGAUCUUCAAGGCACGCAUGAAGUAGAUAACUUCAGUAUCACUUCUGCUGAUUUACCUGGGAAUGAGGCCAGUGUCAGUCAGCUUUCUACACAGGAGAGGAAGGAUUGGACACAUGGAUGGAGUUCAAACUAUUCUGUUGAUAAUGAUCUAACUACAACUUAUGGAGAGAACAAUAGAUUCAAAGUGAGAUUGGAGGUUGCAGAGUCAGCAUUUUUACAGCUUAAGUUGGAAGCAAGGUCGUUGCAGCGAAUUACAGAUGAAUUAGGUGCAGAAACAAAAAACUUAUCUGAACAAAUUUUACUUGAGCUAGCUUCAGGAGAGCAAUUGAGUCGGGAAGUGUCCUUGUUAAAAUCAGAGUGUGCUCAGUUCAGAGAUGAUCUUGAAGUCUUACAAUCUUCCAAAGCUAUGCUCCAAAAUCUUGACAGGAGAGCUGGUAGUCCCUUUUUGUCUAACAAGAACUGUGAAGAUGAUUUAGUUGAUGGUAAGCCUCAGGGUGACUUUACUGCUUCAGAAAUUCACUACAUGUACCAUGAUUUGCGGGUCAAAUGGCUCGAGAGUCUACUUCUUAUUGAGGCAAAGGUCCGGGAAAUCCAAAAUAAGACUCGUUUAGGGUAUCGUGGAAAUGAUGUUGAUUUACUGGGUUCUGAUUUCAACCUUCUUGGAUGUUUCAUUAGCGACCUCAAAGAAGAUAUUAUCCAAGUAAAGGGUCUCAAGAGAUCUUAUGAAAAUAACACAUAUCUAUGUGGUGCAGUUCAUUGCCUGGAUUCUCGUAUUGCAUAUCAUAAAUAUGACUCACUUGUGAAAGAUUUUGAAACACCAAGUUUGAGAGGGGUUGAUAGAUUUGACCUUUUAACAAAACUAGAGGAUUCAACAGUCGAAAAAGAAAAUCUUAUCAAAAAGUUGGAUCAGAUGCAGUGCUACUAUGAAUCAUUAAUGUUAGAAUCGGAGGAAAGCCAGAAGCAGACAGUCAAGGAACUGGAAAGUCUCAAAAAUGAACACUCCUCCUGUCUGUACUCAACUUCUUUUCUUCAAAACCAGAUUGAAAAAUUGCACCAAGAGAUGAAUGAACAGUUUAUGGCUUUUUCUGAAGAUAGGAACAGCUUAGAAUCUCAAAAUAAAGAACUUGAGAGAAGGGCUGUUGCUUCAGAAACUGCAUUAAAUAGGGUUCGCUGGAACUAUUCUAUAGCAGUUGAGCGCUUGCAGAAGGACCUUCAAUUACUAUCUUUCCAAGUGUUGUCUAUGCAUGAGACAAAUGAAAACCUUGCAAAGCAAACUUUUCCUGAUGAUGAUAAGCACUCUGACGAUGAAGGGUCAGAUGAGGCAAGGAUAUAUAACAUCAAGGAUGGCAUUUUGACUAGAAUCAACCAGGAAAACUAUCAGUUGAACAUUUCAGGAGUUCAGACAAACAAUGAACUUCGUGAAAUCAAUCACAAAAAUUCUCCACCUAAUGGGAUAUCCACAUCUGUUUCCUGUGAAUAUAGUGGACUGCCCCUCAUGCAGCGGCAAAGUAAGGAAGAUGUACAUGUAGAUGGAUUUGGUUUAUAUAAAACUAGACAGCAUGCUCCUAAUUUUACUCAGGUAAACAACAACCUUGCAGCUGAUGUAUCCGCUGAGACACAUGUAGAUGAAUUCCCUUCUAGAUUGUCAGUGGGUGAUGCUAUGCUUGGCAUUCACAGGAAGAGUCUAUACACUGAAGUAGACAGAGAACACAUGAAAUCACUUCAGAGGUUCGAAGUGCUUCUUGCUGAUACUGAAGCUGAAGUUUUGGAAAUGUAUUUGCUAAAUGUGAAUUUAAAAAUUUUCUCAGAUGUUUUACUUGGGGCAUUGCAUGAUGUAAAUGGAGGUGUCGAGCAAAUGAAAGAAAAAGAGUUUGAACUUGCACAAGAUCUACAACACACAACAGAGAUGAAGGAUAGUUAUGCGCUUAAGAUGCAUAAAGCAGUUGAGUAUUCAAGAAUAUUGAUGGAUGAUAAAGCCAAAUGUGUCUCCAGAUGUGAUGAUCUGUCACUGAAGAACCAGAUUCUGGAAGCAAAACUCCAAGAUGUCUCUUAUGAAAGUACUAUUCUUAGUGAAAAAGUUGCAGAAUAUGAGAAGAUGUUUGUGGAAUUUAAAGCUUAUGAAAAAAUGUACAACACAUGUAUCGAAGAAAGGGAUAAGUUCAAAAAUCUGUUGAACAACGAAAUUCAACAGAAAAAAUGUCUUGAAACUGAAAUGAGAUCAAUGAAUUCAGAUUUCAAAUUACGGAAGGAAGAAUUUGACAAGGAGUCUUCUGAAAAUGACAAAAUGCAAACUUGUCUUGAAAAUAUUCUAGAACAGUUAGGGAAUUUAUAUGCUUGUAUGAUGUCUUGCAAUGAGCAAAUAAAUUGUUCUGUUCUGGAUGGAAUCUCUGUAUCACAUCAAUUGGAAUCUGGAAACUAUUUGUCAGUUUUUACAAGUCUGGAAGGAGCAACAAAGAAGGUACUUGAGUUACAUAAGGAGAAUAUAAAUUUAAAGGAAGAGAGAGAAUUUUUUCAGAGCUCUCAGAACAACACAGAACUAAAAUAUGAUAAUAUGAAGCAGCAAUUUGAAUCUGAUAUAAAUGUGGUAACUGAAAAGCUAUUAAUGUCUAAUUUUCUGGUUGAAAAGCUUCAAGUGGAGCUACAGAAUGCCUUUGAGAAGCUUAAGAUCAGUUCAGAUGCUGAAGAGAGAACUGAAUUGAGAAAUAAAGACUUGUCAUCGAAAUUGACAACCUUAGAAAUGAAACUGCAGCAAGCUAUUGAAGAGAACAGGGAUCUAGUUAACCAGCUAAUUCUACUAGCAAGUAUUAAGGAGGAUCUUGAAAAAACUCAGAUCAGUCUUACUCAUUGUAUGGAAGAGAAGAGGACUUUGUUGAUGUCUAUACAGUCGAUGAAUGAGGUCUCUACCCAAAUGGAAAAUGAGAUUUUCAGUUUGAAAGAAAAUCUGGAACUCAUUCAGAGAGAGAUGCAGACAGAGAAAAGAAUAAGGGAGGAACUUGAUAAUGCAGUUAAAAACUUUUCAGCUCAGUUGGAGGAAAAAGAACGUGAGUUGUUAUCUUUAUAUGAAGGAAAAACUGAAGCAAGGUAUCUGCAAGAUAUGAUUUUAGAUUUAGAAAGAACAAGCAUUGGAUAUAAGCAUCAACUAAUGAAGAGUGAAGAAAACCAAAGAAGUUUAGAGAGUGAGAACUCAUCCUUAAAAGUCCAAGUUAUGGAGUUGAGCAAUCAAUUGGCAGAACUCCUUGAUACUUCACUAGCUUCUGAAAUUAAAGUUACAUUUAUCAGAAGUCAUUCCUGUGACAGGAUGCAGGAUUUCUUUGCACAACUUAAGACAGUAGAAAGAAAACUUGAGAAGAUGACCUUAAAAAAUGAAGAUCUUAUUGCUUCUCUUGAAAUACUUGUUGAAAAAGAGUCACAGUUAAUAGACGAAAAUGCAAAGUUAUCGAUUGUUCUUCAGUCACUACAAUCUGAUUAUGAUAUUAUUACACAGGAGAAAGAGAGCCUUAUUAGUUUCAUAAACAAAAACAAUACAGAAUUUGAAGAUAUGAAAGCUAGAGCUGCAACUUUGGAAGUUGACAGUGAUUGCCAAAAGAAGAAAUAUGAAGAUGAGAUUUGUCAGCUGAAAAACAUUGUAAUCUGUUAUGAGGAAGAAGUGUGCAACUUAAGGUCAUCUAGGGAUGCAUUAGAAGUUACAAAUAUGGUACUGAAAUCUAAACUAGAUGAACAACAUAGAAAAAUAUCAUCACUUGAGGAAAGUGAGUAUCAGUUGAGAGCCUUACAGGAGGACCACAAUGAACUUAGUUGUAAACUCUCAGAGAUGAUACUGAAAGCAGAAGAAUAUAAGAACCUGUCCAACCAUCUAAGGGAACUCAAAGAUAAAGCAGAGGCAGAGUGUCUUCAGGCUCGAGAAAAAAAGAACCAGAGAUCAUCGCAUGAGUCGCUGAGAAUUGCUCUUGUUAAGGAACAAUAUAAGUCCCAGAUCCAGGAGCUGAAAAAUCAGUUGUUUGUCUCCAAGAAGUAUGCAGAAGAAAUGCUAUUGAGAUUGCAAAAUGCUCUUGAUGAAGUUGAGAGCAGAAAGAAAACCGAGGUUUCCCUAGUGAAAAAAAUUGAAGAAUUGUCAGAGCAAAUCUCAAAUUUGGAGUGUGAGCUAGAUACAAGUCUGACUGAUAGAAAAGAAUUAGCCAAAGCUUUUGAUAGAAUAACCGAUGAACUGGAGUGCACGGUUCUGAACCUUAAGUGUUGCAAGGAAGAGAGCCUAAAGCUUGAAAAAUCCUUGAAUAAAUGCAAUGAAGAAAAGCUAAAGCUUGAAGAUUCCUUGAAAGAGUGCAACGAAGAAAGAACAAAUGCUAGAGUUGAGCUUGACUUGGUAAAGAGGUUGUUCGAGAAUUUGGCCUUAGAUGGAUCUGUUAAUCAUGAAGGAAAAAUCAAUUCUGAUUUCCCUGCCAUAACAUCAAUUGAGCAAAUUAUGCAAGAUGGUAGCUUUGAAUUCUCAUCAGUCUUCCAAGAAUUGCUAAAUUACACAGAUACUAAUUUGGAAAUGGAUGCUUCAAUUGUGAAUUUUGCAAAUUUUUCAAAAUAUGCGGACAUUGAAGUUGUGCUGCCAACUGUUGAUGAGAGGUCACCCUCAUAUCUCCCUCUGAAUUCAACAGCUUCUAAGGAAAGUGAAGGUGCACUUGACCAGGAAGCCAAAUUUGCAGAUAAUAUAAUAGAUAUAGCUGACAUUGAGGAGCACUUCAAAGAGCAGCAGAAAUUGAUGUCUGGCAUAGGCAUGCUACAAAAGGAGUUGGAAAAGUUAAGAAAUGAAAAUUUGUCGUCACUAAUUCCUUUAGAAGAUCAUCAAUUUUUGCCAUCCCGACAGAUUUUAGAGAGAGAUUUGUUACAACUUGACAUGGCAAAUGAGCAGCUGGGAAACAUUUAUCCUUUAUUCAAGGAACUUCCGGAAAGUGGCAAAGCAUUGGAAAGAGUACUUGCCUUGGAACUUGAGUUUGCAGAAACAUUGCAAUCAAAAAAGAAAUUGGAUUUCCACUUACAAAGCUCAUUCCUGAAACAGCACAACAAUGAGGCAGCAGUGCUCCAGAGCUUCAGGGACAUCAACGAACUGAUAAAGGAGAUGCUGGAGUCGAAGACUCGAUACGCCACUGUCGAAACCGAGCUCAAAGAGAUGCACGGCCGAUUCUCUCAACUCAGUCUGCAGUUUGCAGAGGUCGAAGGCGAGAGGCAAAAACUGUCGAUGACACUCAAAAGUCGGGUACCUACAAGAUCAUAGCCCAUGGCAAAAACAGUAAUCGAUCAAGGCUAAGAGAGAUCUAUACAAGGUGUACACAAUCUUACUCAAAUCCUCAAAUAUAUAUCUUGAAAUCAAUUUUGUUUCCUUUUCUGUUGUUCUUCAAGAUUACAAAAACCUUGCUAACAAGUUAGAGUUCAUGCUUGAAACAUAUCAAACUCAGUACUUGAGCUCAGCUUCCUUAAA